AUGUCUAAAAGCGGAAGUGGAAAGCUUCAAAAUACUCACAUUGUUGAGCUUCAUUGUGAGAAUAUGCCAUAUACAGUUUAUGAAACAAGAUGGAUUCCAAACUCAAAGCGUAUUGUAGUUUGCGGAUCACGUCCUCGUGGCACGGGAGCCAUUCAAGUUUAUAAAAUGCAAACUCAGAAAGAGCCAUUCCUCAUGAAACUAACAGAUAUUGAAACAGAAAACGCAAUCAGAUGCGCAACAUUUGCAGCUUCUGAUCCAAUUACAAGAAACAUUGCAGUUGGAGAUCUUGAAGGCAAUGUUAUGACAUUUGACUUCAACGAAGGAAAGAAGGAACCAGUUUUCAAACAUAAAGUACAUGAAAAAAUCAUUAACUGCAUUGAUGGUGGUGCAGCUCCAGGCCCAUCUGAAUUGGUUACAGGCUCCCGUGAUGGUAAUGUUUGCAUCGUUGAUAUUCGUGCUCAAGAUCCAGUUGUUGCAACAUUGAAACCAGAAGGAACAAUCAGAGACUGCUGGGCUGUAUCAAUGGGUGGAACAACUGGUCCAUCUGACCGUUCCGUAAUUGCAGGAUACGAUAAUGGCGACCUUAAAUUAUGGGAUUUACGUGCAAACCAAGUUUCAUGGGAAACAAAUCUUCGUAAUGGUAUUGCAAGCGUUCAAUUUUCAGAUCGUUACUCUCAGCUUAGCCGUGUUACGGCUGGUUGCUUAACCGGCCAACUUGUUACAUUUGAUCUUACAGAUAAGCCAACAGAUAAGGGCUACAGAUCUAAUGUCAUCAAGAUUGAUGACUCUGCAACUGUCUGGAUUGUUCAACAUUGCCCACAAAAGAGAGAUUUCAUUGCCACAACUGGUGGAAGCGGAAAAUUACUUAUUUGGAAGAAAUCAAAGAAGGAUAUCAAAUACGAAAACGUUUCUUCAUCACAGCUCUCAACCCAACCAAUUAACUCAUUUGACUGGCAUCCAGAUAAAGAAGGUUUGGCUGUAAUGAGUGCUUAUGAUCAAACAAUUCGUGUAGCUCUUGUAACACACCUUCAAUAA